AUGUUUCGAUUCUUUCUUUUAAUUACUUUUCGAACCGUUUGCGCCAUCUCGCGGAACGACGACAAAGCUUCCGAAGUUCACCAAAACAUUGGUCUCGAUUUACUACAACUUCAGCCGAAACUACAGCCAAAUCAUGACCUAACUCUCUCACGUGUGCAUUCAGAGACUUUAAUAUCGUUUUCUACUUUUCUGAAUUCUCGCAAUUCUUCGUCGUCCGCGUCGUCGUUCAUGUCGUCGUCCGGGGCGUCGUUCGGGACGUCGGACUCCGUCCGCAAAGACGUCAAUUCCGCGAUCACGAGUUUCUCUUCGAGCAAAAGCGCGUUCAACGACUCGGAACUUGAGUCGCGUUCGUCUGAAUCGGACGACACGUCUGAGUCAACCUUUUCGGCCAUUUCUUCGGCUGAAGACAACAGAUCCCAAUCGUCGGUAUUAUUGUUGACGACGUCGCACAAUAACGCUAUUUCCCGAAGUCUCGCCCCUUCACUCACCAACUCGCGCUCGGCGGCGAACCGCGCAGUCUUAACGGCCGACAGUUCGGCGGAUAAAUCGCGGAGAAGAGUGGCCGAAGAAGUGGUCAUUCGUCGGAAAACUUGUGAGCCAAUGAGUUCCGAAAUGAACGGACAAAACAAGACAACAGUUCCAAACGCAAAAGCCGUGUCCAAAGACCGCCAAAUUACUGACCAAAAAGACGACCCGAAGUCCGGCCCGAGGUCUGUCCAAAACGACCGCCGAAUGUCCACUCAAGACGACGAAAUGCGUCGUGUUUACAUUCGCGCGCCGCCAAACAAACACGUGGCCGAUAUUCGCCGCGACAACAGGCUUUUGUAUUCAUUUUAUUAUUAUUUCUAUUGCUUUGCGUUUCGACGUCUCUCUGGCCGUCGUUCCGGACGACGAGUCGGACGACGCUUUGGACGAUGCGUUUUGCGACGUACUCUAUGGACGGCUCGUCUAAAGACGUGUCAAAGCAUUCAAAAUGUCGACAAAAACAGUGUUUUUCUCUCUUUUCUUGUAAUCUGUCGUCCAAUGGAUCCCCCGGUGGCCGACACCACGUGCGCCGCUCAGGUGUCUCUCGCUUGUUGUCAGUCUUUAUGUGAUCUGUUGCGCGAACUGCCACUUCCGACGGCCGCUCAUUCACCGCGAGACCAAACGCUGAGUCGUGGAAAUGCGCCGAAUUGGAGUUCGGCUAUUGAACCGACUCUUGAAGCGGCACUUCUUCAGGCGAGACAACAAUUGGCAGAUUUGCAUUUUCCCGAUCACAUCCCGUCUUCGGGAAAUCCAUCACUUUCUCCAUUGACUUAUCAAAUGGCAAUAAAAGGACUUUUUGUUGGAUCGACUGAUCGGUCGUCUUGGGAGACGAUUGGGACGACGAUUGGGACGACGAUCGGGACGACGAUCGGGACGACAAUCGGGACGACGACUACAAUAGGAGACGCUUUGGAUUCAAUCGAACCGACGAUUCGUUUAGAACUCAAUUCAGACCUGAUUUCCGAACUUCAAAACGACUGCAGUCUUCACGCCGAAGAAGAGGAAAGAGGAGAUAAUAAGUUUUAUGAUUAUUCUUCUCUCGGAGAUCGAGUGAAAUCGCGCUCAAGAAAUACCGAAAAAAUUGAAGAAAAAAUCGAAGAAAAAGUCGAUAAAAAAGAAAUCAAAAAAACAGAAAUCGUUUUAAAAAAAGCGAAAAAAACUUCAGAAAAACAGAGAAAUCACGUGAACUCUGAAACAGAACUUCAGAACAAGGAUUCGGUGACCGCUUUCGAGGCCGUCAUCGAACGGGUUAUGAGUGCUUCGCGUGAUUCUGAGGGCGAGUCGGAGGACGAAGAAGUGCGAGAAGAAGAAGGCGUUUCGUUUGACUUGAAAAUCGAAUUAAAAGAAUUACAGAUUUUGUCUCAAUUGUCGUCAAAACUGAAACUCGCGACCAAAUUAUCGGAAUUAGAGCAGAGAUUGAGCGGAAAAUUAGCGACUUUUUUGUCGCUUUUAUGCAAUAAAAUGAUUGUUUGGUUCUCGAGAUUCAAAGAUUCGGAAGACGUUUCUCGAGAUGAAGAAGGAGACGUCGUUCCGGACGACAACCGAUUUUGGCAAUUAUUGGUUUGCGCUUCGAAAUUGUCUUUGAAUGUAAUGACAGCCAAAGGAAUGUCUUCUCGUGUCGUCUUAUUUGAAGAACUGUUGGAAACUGUGGUCGCUUUUGUCGCUCAUAAUCUCAAUUCCAAGACUCACGUGACGGAAAAGAAAUCUCCGAAAAAGAAAUCCGAAAAAAGUCUUUCUUUGACGACAUUUUCUCGAAAACAAGUCAUUCAUUUCACAGAACUUUUGGAUCUUUUGUGUCAAUAUUUGGAACGAAAUUCGGGUUUAAAUGAUUCUCUUGUGCUGACCUGUACCCGAGCCGCCACUUCCGCUCUUCUAUUAGGCGCUCAAGAGUUGCACGCGGCCGCCGUCCAGACUAUUGCCUGUAUUUUCGGCGCUUAUCCUAAACACCGAAACUCGAUUCUCGAAGAAUUGCUUCAAAGCUUUCAUCGUCUUGGUCACCAUGGUAACCGCCACACGCGAUCCCUAAGCGUCUUCACGCGACUACUCAUUGGUCUGACAAACGCUCUGUUCCCGCGCGACCAAACUCGAGUGACACGUGAUUCGCUGUCCAAAGAGUUGACGGAAAGUCUUCAAAUAAUUUCCGCAUUUUUAUCGUCGUUCACUCGUCGUUGUCUAUCGGGUGCGUCGUCCGGGACGACGGACUCGGAUGUGAAGGCAUUUUUUGCUGAAGUGUUGUCCGACUUAUUGAGUGCUGUUUUUGCGCCGCAAACUAUAACUGCUUUACUUUUGGUUCAAAUUGUUUGCAAACUAUUGAUAGCAAACGUUUCGUCGAAAGAAAAAUCAGUUUCUCUUCAAUUAAGACUGAAUUCCAUUGAAUUUUUGGCCGAAAUUUGUUCGACUUUUGCCCGACUUUUUGCCCGAAAAACGGAACUCUUGGAAGAAACGGAAACAACUCUUCGCCAAUUAGAUCAAAGAGAUAAACGAAAACAAAGCGAAGAACGACUUUUACAAGUCAUGACUCGAGUCAACGCUUUCUUCGUUACCGAAAAACUGUUCGCCGAAAGACAUAUUUGGGCCGCGCUUUGGCUCAAAGAGAAAGCGGUCGUCAGUCUGGAGAAGCAGUUCCUCUCGCUUCUGAACUGUCGGUCGGAUUCGAUGGACGACGAUCCGAUCGACGCCUCGACGGCCGAACUGUUUGUCAAAUCGUCGGAAGUCUUGGAUUUGCAGACAAUGUCUCGUCUUUUCGACGCUUCUCUCAGUCACGUGUGUUCUUCACUCUCUUUGACUACAAAUACGACUCAAAGAUCGCGAGCAAUGAAGAGUUUGUCUUCAAUUCUCGUCAAUUGUUCGCUCGAAAAGUCGACGCAAGUCUUGGCCAGAAAUGAUCUUCAGAUCGCAAUGAGAGCCGCUCUUCUCGACGCUUCCACUUCAGUUCGAGAAGCGACCGUCGAUCUGAUUGGUCGUCACGUCCUCCAAUCGCGUUCACGUGAUUUGUGCGACAAAUACGUGGAUCUGAUUGGAGAACGCAUUCUCGAUACCGGAGUUUCGGUCCGAAAACGCGUCAUUCGUAUUCUCAGGGAUCUGACCGUCGCAUUUCCCGAUUGUCCCAAAAACGCCGAAAUCCAGCUGAAGAUUGUGCGCCGUGUGAACGACGAGGGGGACGGAAUCAGGCGUUUAGUUCACGAAACGGUCAAAGAGUUGUGGUUUCGCUCUCUGAUGGACGUCGUGCCGGACGACGCAUCUCAAGCCCAGCGCGUAAUGUCUUUGGUAGACGUUAUGGCAGUUCUGUUGCAAACCGACGGAUCCGUCGAUCAAAUGCAUCAACUCUUCGAACAAAUCAUAAAACAAGAUCCGCAAUCAAUAUCUGCCGCUCAUACCAUUGUCGACACUGUUGUCGCGCGUGUCCUCACAGCUGAUCUCCACCAAACGCCCGACGGCCGCCAACGCGCACUCGUCACGCUGUCCGCAAUGCACGUGGUCGGCAUGUUCGCCCGAAUCGCGCCCGAGACGCUGACCAAGCACGCGGAUUCGCUGUGUCUGUUGCUAUCACUUCCGUGUGAAUCUGUGGUCGAUAUUCACGUUCGGAAUAAAGUCGUUCAGUCUUUGGAAAGAUGUCUUCACAACAAAGGUUUCAAUCCUUCUUCCGGAUUAACCGCUCGUCUCGAAGAAGAUCUGACCAAACAGAUCCUUCAGUCUUCGGCUCUGAUUCUUCCCGCUUCCGUUCAGUGUUUGGCCGUUGUCAUAGAGACGCACACUCGGAACUUCCGUUUGGCGACCGAACUGUUCUCCAAAUUCAAAGCCAUUCUUCUGAUUUCGGGAACCGUUGCGAAUAAACCGAAACUUUUGCGUUCCGUUUAUUCUUUGGGUUUAUUUUUGAAACAUUUUUCCCGAACUUUCGAUUCAACAGAAAAAGCAUUUGUUUUGGAAUCGAUUUUACAAUUAAUUCAAAGCAAUCUUCAGACAAACGGUUUGUCCGCAAAAACACCCGACGGUUCGGAUGUCGUCGUCCGGUGUAUUACUUCUCUUGGAUUUAUCAUCGAAUCGGAUCCCAGAGUUUGCCUCAGACCACGCGUUGUCGAGCUGUACGAGCGAUUGUUGGGCGAAAGAAGUCCGGAAGCGCUUACGGUUCAAGUUCUUCAGAAUUUCCGGAAUUAUCUCAACGAAAGUCUCGAAUCAGACGAACAAAAGAACGCAACGAUUGAGUGGUCAAGAGAAUCGCUGAAACAGAUGACGGACGACGCCGACGCCGGAUCAGUUCAGUCGCAGAUCAUUCAGACCUAUUUGGCGCUUCUGCUCGACCGCGCGCUCUCGGCUUCGGUGGCCAUUCGUCGCGUCGCCUGCAAUGUCAUUCACGUGAUCCAAACGGGUGGUCACGUGCAUCCGUUACAACUUGUGUCGCAUUUGAUUGCUAUGACGACAGACGACGACAGAGACAUUCGGUCACGUGCUGACCACGUCUUGCACGAGAUUGAGCGCAAGUUCCACGGCUUUGUGGCCAUGAAGACACGGCCCGGCAUUCAAUUGGCCACUAAGUUGUGUACACGACUGCGGUGUCGCGGUUUCCGUCUCGACGACAAAGGAGACGUGACGUCACGACUGGCCACUCUCUAUCACGUGGUGUGUAAUAACAGACAAUCGCGAAGAGGAUUUGUUCAGCAAUUGUUGCGCAACUUUGAGGUCAAUGCGACCAAUGAUAUUGCCUUUGAAGAGAACGACGUCUCGGACGACGCUCAGACCGUCGCUCCGGACGACACGCGGACGACGGACGACGCGGCCCUCCAAUUGGUGUUUGAGAUGUUGUUGUUCUUUCCGUUCACAGUUAUCGACGAAAUCCUUUAUAUUCAUCAACAAUUAGAAUGCAUUCAAUCCGUGAAUUCCGCGCAUACGUCACAACUCUUUACCGAACUCUUUGGCUUCGAAUCCGAAGAACUUAUGGACAAUAAAUUCGACGAUAAUUACGAACAGUUUGCAAACGAAUUAUUGGCCGACGAAACCGUUGUUUGCCGACAAUCGGUUAUUCGGCAAAUCCGACGAUCGCUUAGAAGAGUAUAUUUAGUGGCGUUUUUGCGGAAACUUUUGAAAGAGUUUUAUCUCAUAAAAGACGACAAAAUCCUUGAGUAUUCGCCAAAUGAGGCCAAAGCUUGGGAAAAACCUAUUCAUAGACGACAGAUCGAAACAACAAAUUUGGCCGAAACUCUGCUUUUGGCCACACCGUCCAUUUCGGCCGAGUCGACGCCCGAGCAGUUGCUAGAAGAGUUCAAACGUUUUAAAUCUGUGGCAUUGACCUCAAAUGACCCGAAUGUGUCGAAUCAGUUGAUUCAUAACAAACUAUUUGUGAUCCGAAAGAAGGUCGCUCCGGACGACGCACGGACGACACUCAUCGACCAUCAGGUCGUCAACCGGACGACGACUCGCGUCGACGACGAUCUCAAUGAUAACGAACGCAAACGACUGCUCGACUCUAUUCGUCGCAACUCAUGUCAGGUGACUCUCGUAGACAUUGGUAUUGAUUUAAAGCGAACGCCGACUAAACCCGAACCUAAGCGUCGAAAACGAAAACGCGUCACAAUUGACGACUCGGACGACGACAGGACGACAACUGAAUCGGAAGACGACGUCUCGGACGACGACCGCGAACGACGUCGCCAUUGAUUCAAAGCAUUGAUAGCAUUAAAAAAGCGUUCAUUUUGUAUAAAAAGUCAUUAU